AUGUCUGACGGCGGUGAUAUCGAGGUCGAGAACGUCGGCUCCUACGACGUCCUCCCCAAGGACGUUGUCAAGGAGGUCGGCAACGUCAAGCUCUUCAACAAGUGGGAUUACGAUGUUGAGGUCCGCGACAUCUCUCUGACUGACUACAUCUCCCUCCGCAACCCCGUCUAUGUCACCCACUCUGCUGGCCGCUAUGCCGUCAAGCGUUUCCGCAAGGCCAACUGCCCCAUCAUUGAGCGCCUCACCAACUCGCUCAUGAUGCACGGCCGCAACAACGGAAAGAAGCUCAUGGCUGUCCGCAUUGUUGCCCACGCCUUCGAGAUCAUCCACCUGAUGACCGACCAGAACCCCAUCCAGAUCGCCGUCGACGCCAUCGUCAACUGCGGUCCCCGUGAAGACUCGACCCGUAUCGGUUCCGCCGGUACCGUCCGUCGCCAGGCCGUCGAUGUCUCCCCUCUUCGCCGCGUCAACCAGGCCAUCGCCCUCCUCACCACCGGUGCCCGCGAGGCCUCCUUCCGCAACGUCAAGUCCAUUGCCGAGUGCCUUGCUGAGGAGCUGAUCAACGCCGCCAAGGGCAGCAGCAACUCUUACGCCAUCAAGAAGAAGGAUGAGCUGGAGCGUGUCGCCAAGUCCAACCGGUAA